AUGGCCGCCACAGUCCAGUCCCUACGCACCCUCCUGCAGAGCUCCACAAUCGAAGACCACGAUGAAGUUCUCAAAGCCAGCAAUGAAGUCCUGAAAAAAUCCAAGACCGACGUCCAGGCUCAACAUUCCAAGGUUGUGGCAUUGAUCAAACUCGAUCGAUACGAGGACGCAUUGCGUGUGUUUGAAGAUGCUGGAGAUGCGUUAAAAGAGAAAGCAGCGGUGGAAUAUGCGUAUGCACUGUAUAAAUAUGGAAGGUUAAGGGAGGCCGCGGAGGUUGCUGCGAAAUCUGCUGGGGGACGUGGUGCGAAGCAUGUGGAGGCUCAAGCUAGCUACCGGGCCGAGAAUUUCGCCAACGCAGCGACGUUAUACGAAAGCUUGCUAGGAGAGGAGGAAGAACUAGGAAAUGAGUACAACGAUUUGCGCAUUAACACCUGGGCCAUCGACGCACAACGAUUAUGGCAAAGAGAAGGCGAUUUGACCCGAGCCAGAAAACCUACUCGAGAGGAUCUAGAGUCGUUCGAGACAUCCUACAAUGCGGCUUGUGCAAGUCUGGCGAGGGGCGAUCUCAAGCAGGGCGAGAUUUUGUUGAAGCGAGCAAAGGAACUAUGCAAGACAUCCGAGGAUCUGUCGCCUGAGGAGCAAGAGAGCGAACUGCUGCCCAUUACGAUCCAGCAACUUUACGCGCUUAUCAGCCAGGGCAAAGUAGAAGAGGCCGAAGAAAUUGCGAGUGAGAUUUCCCUCGAUAACAUUGCAGAAAAGUCGACCACGAGAAUUGCCCAGAAUAACAUCCUCAUCACACAGCAUCUGAACAUCAAUCCUUAUACACUCCACAAACAAUUCCACGAUGCUUCAGAGCCCGAAGGUAGCGAUACUUUUUUCAAGUUUCAGUUGGAUACUCUCGAAGCAAAUUCGCAUGCUCUGGACCUACGAGUCCAGAAAUAUGAUGGAGUUAUCCGGUCGACCACCAAGGCACUAGCACAGCGACCUUAUCCUUCCACCGAACCACAUGAUAAUCUCUUGUCGAUCUACAAUGCCGCAGCUCGAGUGCGCGGUGAAACCAACCAGAAGGCUAUUCAGGAUCUACGUUCAUUGCUCGACCGACGGCCCAAGGAUAUUGGCCUGGUUCUUACUAUCGUUCAAUUAUAUGCUGGGGUUGGCAACACUACAUCCGCCAUCAAUGUCCUGGAAAGCAGUCUAAGGGCACUCGAAGAAUCAAUCUCCGAAAGCGACCAAGCUGUGCGCUACAAUCCCGGAUUGGUCAGCGUGUUGAUUGCGCUAUACCAACGUGAAGGUCGCAAGUCUCAUAUCAAGACCGAGCUUGCCAAAGCAGCAUCCUUCUGGCGUCAACAGAGCAGUGAGCAACAACCGUCCUCACUUUUGCGGGCAGCGGCUGCUUCCCUCCUCCAUUCUUCAGMCCCUGCCGAUCUAGCCAUUUCUCAGGAACUAUUCAGCACUCUCCGACAAAAGAAUGCAGCAGACAAGUUUGCCCUCGCUGGUUAUGUCGCAUCAUACGCUACUAGUGAUAUACAGAAAGUCCAAAAAGAACUCAGCAUCCUGCCCAGAUCUCAAGAUCUAGUCUCGGAUAUUGACAUUGCGGCAUUGGAAAGUGCCGGCGUGCCUCAAUCACAGGCCAGUCUUGCAGCCAACGCGGCAGUCAUUGCAGGCGCCCGCAAGAGAGCGGCUACAAACUCUCAACAAAACGCCCGAGCUAAGAAACGGAUUCGCAAGUCGAGGCUGCCGAAGGAGUAUGACCCAAGCAAGAAGCCGGAUCCAGAGAGAUGGCUACCACUCCGUGAUCGGUCUUCGUACCGACCCAAGGGCCGGAAAGGUAAACAAAGAGCGGCGGACCGGACGCAGGGAGGUAUUGUAAAUGAAAAGGCUGAAGCAGAGAAACCGAAGGUAGCGACCCCGGGUACUACCUCAGCAAAGAAGAAGAAGGGCAAGCGAUGA